GUAUGCUGGUCGAGAGUCCAAAUAUGGCUUGGCACUACAGUACUAUAGGCCAAUUGGGAGGAUUAAUUAUCUCGUUCUUCGGCUGGGUCUCCUCUUGUGUUACAACUUCCAUACCUUUUUGGAAGAACCUCAACUUGGAAUUGAACGAAUUGGAGACCUGGAACACAGGGCUUUGGCAUGCCUGCGUCAUUCAAGAUGAAAACAUAAUGGAGUGCAAAAGCUAUGGCUCCCUCUUAACCCUCCCUUUGGAGUUCAGAAUCUCUAGGAUUGUAAUGGUUCUCUCUAAUGGACUGGGAUUCCUUGCCCUCUGUAUUUCUAUUUUGGGGUUGAACUGUCUGAAGAUAAGGGAACAAAACCUGGGACUGAAAAAACGCCUCGGAAUCGCCGGAGGAAUUCUCUUCUGCAUUUCCGGAAUGGCAACCCUUGCGCCCGUCUCCUGGGUUGCCUACAACGUAGUGCGAGAAUUCUGGGAUAAAACUGUGCCAGAGAUUGUCCCAAGGUGGGAAUUCGGCGAAGCAUUAUUCCUGGGCUGGUUUGCUGGGUUUUUCCUCAUACUAGGUGGGUUUCUUCUGAUCUGCUCAGCUUGUUUCCUACAAACCCAAACAAAGUCCAAGCAGUUCGCUGUCCACCGUAAGCCAGAAAUGCGAAAGGAUCCCAGGUUACAAAGUCAUCAUCAGUACUUGCCACCUAAAAAUGCAGACCUUGUAAUUUGA